AUGACUUUGAAUGUUUGCAUUCUUCAGGUAUUUCUGCCAAAACCACUGGGGGUGCGCUUCACUCGCGGCAACGAUGGCGGUGCAUAUGUUGUGAGGACUGAUGCAAAGCUGGGCAGCAGUGAUUCACAGAUUGAGGUGGGUGACAAAAUCGUGGCAGUCAGCGCCUCGUUCGGUGGCGACGUGUGGGAAGCGAAGAACUUUGGACAGGUCAUGUACGCCAUCAAGACAAGGAAUGGCGACGUGUACAUGAAGCUGAAGAGGAAUUUUGGCGACACCAGCUUCUUGCUGGAGGACGAGUUGUCAGAGGCAGAGAAGCGGUUCAAGAUGGAGAGGGGGGGCGGCAACUAUGGCGCAGGGACCAAGGAGAUGCAGGCAGCCAACUACAGGGCGCGCAAGGAGCAGGAGUUGAAGAGGCGAGAGCUCUUCGAUGAGGCCCUGGCCAAGUUCAAGCAGAACAACAUCGAGGGGGCCUUGAUUGACUUUGAGGAGGUGAUCAGCAUGGAGCCCAAAAACUACCUUGGCGACGACUUCUCCAGGGUCACACAGAUCUUCCGCGUUGCCCAGUACAACGUGGCCUGCUGCUACUCUGCCAUCAACCAGGUGGAUGCUGGUCUGGAGGCGCUUGAGUCGGCGCUGUCUGCCGGCUUUGAGCAGUACAACAAGGUCAGGACGGACCCCAACCUGGACGUGCUGCGCAAGUCGCCCAAGUUCAAGAAUCUCAUCGACCAGUACGACGAGCCCAUCAUCAACGACAGCGCCAUCAAGUGA